AUGAGGUGGGAGAGUUAUCGUAGGAUAUACGUUGAUGCAGACUAUGUUUAUGGUGAUGGGAUGUUUCACCAAUGGUGCGAUACUAAGGGUUUUAACCGAACCACCAUAACGCUGCCGUUUUCCGGUAACUUCACCGUCGUAUUGAGGUGUACCCCUCUUACCACCGGACAAGAGAGAUGGGGUAAGCAUAUACUCCAAGUCUGGCUGACAGGUUCAAUUGGAAUGGAAAUGGUUGUCCUGAGCAUGCUAUGCUAUGUUGCUUACAACGCAUGGGAUAGACCUGGUGGAGACUCCAUAUUUGGAAUUCCAGAAUAA